GAAAGAAAGAGAAUCAUGGAUAGUAUUAUGAAGGCUUUGAAGACGUCCAAGAGACGUUUCACCCAACAAGUCAAGGUAGCUACGGGUCAGUCAGAUGUAACUUCGGAUGCUACCUACGAUAUUGCGUAUCGCCAGUUUUGUGACGUUGAGAAGAACCUUUCUACUUUGCACGCUCAAUGUGUUUCUCUGGUAUCCAAUAUCGAUAGUUGGUGUGACACGAAUCGCAAGCUUGCAGAUGAGUUGAAGCGUUUUACCAAUACUGCUAAUACCUCAUCGGACGAUAUUGAAGCCUAUCGUGACACUGUUACUAGUUUGCAUGCUGCUCUCCAAACGGAGUAUUCUCAGACCCGCCGUGCCUUGAUUUGUAUUUUGCGAGUCCGCAUCAUGAGUCGCAUUGACCGUCUUCUGAAGGACGAUUUUGCUCAGGUCCAGAAGAUCGUCAAGACGCGCAAGAAUAUCAUUAUGGACUAUGAUUCGCACCGCCAGAAAUGCUCUCAAUUCGAGCGUAAGGGCGAUAGCGAGAAGGCGGACCGUUUCCGUCGCAAGGCCGAGCAUGACAAGGAGAUGCUGGACGAGCACACUGCUUACCUGGAGGAGCGUUUUGAGGAGCUUGUGAACGAGGGAACGAUCAUUUUGAACAAGGAGACGGCCACGCUGAUUACCUGUGAGAUGUACUUGGUGAAGCGUCAGUACGAGGCCAUGGUGGGCAUCUGCAACAACUUCGGCGACGAGGUGGUGAGCGCGGUGACGGCCGACAUCGACGAUGUGAUCGGUCGCAUCCAGGAAGGUGAGAACGUGGAGUCCACCUACCAGGCCCCCGAGUUGGAUCUGCCGGAGCCGAAGAACCUGGAGAUCCCGCGUGUGACCGACUUCAAGGACGUGCCUCGCCGCCAGAGCGCGGACUACGAUGACGGAGCCUACGAGACGCGUCGUGCGCCGCCCAAGAAGCCGCUACCGACGCCCAGCAAGCGAAGCUACGUGGUGGCCAUGUACCCACUGGAGGCCGAGGAGGAGGGCGAGCUGUCCUUCAACGAGGGAGAUCGCAUCGAGGUGCUCCGCAAGGAUCCCAGCGGAUGGUGGGAAGGUAGACUGAAUGGAGUCGUUGGUUUGUUCCCCGAAAACUACACGCAGCCUGCGUAGAUCCCGGGUUUGGACUAGAGAGAUCUGCUGUUUUUCUUUCAGUGGAAAUGCUA